UGUCCUUCCCAUUCAACCCCAAAAGCUAAACACUACUCAUCACUUCACUUCAGACUUUGAUCUCCCAGCCAUGGCUGCUUCCACCAAGCUCUGUGCCACCGUGCUGGUGUUCUAUCUCCUUGCCUUCCCAACCUCCACCGAAGCUUGUGGGUCAUGCAAGCCUCCCAAGCCCAAGCCCUGUCCGACUCCAGCGCCGGCCAAGUGCCCGACGGACGCGCUGAAGCUAGCGGCGUGUGCUGACGUUCUGGGCCUUGUAAACGUCGUCGUUGGGUCUGCUCCUACCAGCAAGUGUUGCCCGUUGCUGGAAGGUUUGGUAGAUUUGGAGGCUGCGCUCUGCCUCUGUACUGCCAUUAAGGCCAACGUGCUUGGCAUCAACUUGAACGUACCCCUCAGCCUCAGCUUGAUUCUUAGCUCGUGUCAAAAAUCUGUUCCUACUGGUUUCCAAUGUCCCUAGAAGAGUGACGCUGGGAUCGGAUCGAUCCAUCUUACACUUUCUUAUUUGGCUCCUUGUCUGUGUUUUGUUUGGCCUUCAUACUUAUUAUUAUUCCUAUGUUUGAUACUGUCAUAGUGAUGAUAUAUUAACCAGCAAGUUUAGUUAAUUUGCCUGUUAUGAGUCUUUUUCGUUCUUGAUUAAUAACAAGGCAAGCCCUUUUUCCUUUCAUUGUAAGCUGUAGCCUUGCUUGCUCGUUUUCUAGUGGAACUUAUCAAUGUCACCGACGGGUUCCGCGGAUGAUUUUUUGAAUGUUGUACCCUGUGGUGACAUGGCUAAUUGACGGCAUCGAAUUAUUGAUCCA